ACUCGCCACCUCGUCCACCACGCGAAAGCUAAACCCCGCUCUCGCGCGAGGAAACGUGGUUUCGAGCGAGAACUUCUACCCCCACCCCGCCUCCCAAGGGUCACAUGACUGGCGCCUGCGUCCUAGACUCAAGGUCUUUCCUGGUCGCCUACUGGCUGUUAACUCGGCUACAGGUUGUCGCGAGGUCCAUUCCGGAUAUAGACUCUUCAACUAGCCCUCCUUUGCGGAAGCCUGUCACAACCUAGCCGUCCACAUUUUAGCGGAAGUUCGUCACGUCGCGGUUGCCCCCGCACAGCGGAUGUGUGUCGCCGCUUAGGUGACGCUGGGAAGUGCUUGCAGCCUCCGCCGCUGCCUUCUGGUUGAAGCACUAUGGAGGGAGAGAGGAAGAACAACAACAAACGGUGGUAUUUUACUCGAGAACAACUGGAAAAUAGCCCAUCCCGUCGUUUUGGCCUGGACCCAGAUAAAGAACUUUCUAAUCGCCAGCAGGCGGCCAAUCUGCUCCAGGACAUGGGACAACGUCUUAACGUCUCACAAUUGACUAUCAACACUGCUAUAGUAUACAUGCAUCGAUUCUACAUGAUUCAGUCCUUUACACAGUUCCAUCGAAAUUCUGUGGCUCCAGCGGCCUUAUUUCUAGCAGCUAAAGUAGAGGAGCAACCAAAAAAAUUGGAACACGUCAUCAAGGUAGCACAUGCUUGUCUCCAUCCGCAGGAAUCACUUCCUGAUACUAGGAGUGAGGCUUACCUGCAACAAGUUCAAGAUCUGGUGAUACUAGAAAGCAUAAUUCUGCAGACUUUAGGCUUUGAACUAACAAUUGAUCACCCACAUACACAUGUGGUAAAGUGCACUCAGCUGGUUCGAGCAAGCAAGGACUUAGCACAGACUUCUUACUUCAUGGCAACCAACAGCCUGCAUUUGACCACAUUUAGCCUGCAGUACACACCUCCUGUGGUGGCCUGUGUCUGCAUUCAUCUGGCUUGCAAGUGGUCCAACUGGGAGAUCCCAGUCUCAACUGAUGGGAAGCACUGGUGGGAGUAUGUUGACGGCACUGUGACCUUGGAACUUUUAGAUGAACUGACACAUGAAUUUCUACAGAUUCUGGAGAAAACCCCUAGCAGGCUCAAACGAAUUCGGAAUUGGAGGGCAUGCCAGGCUGCCAGGAAGACAAAAGCAGAUGAUCGAGGAACAGAUGAAAACACUUCGGAGCAGACAAUUCUCAAUAUGAUUUCCCAGAGCUCUUCAGACACAACUAUUGCAGGUUUAAUGAGCAUGUCAACUUCUUCUGCAAGUGCAGUGCCUUCCCUUCCAGCCACUGAAGAGUCAUCCAGCAACUUAAGCAAUGUGGAGAUGUUGCAGGGCGAGCGUUGGCUGUCCUCCCAACCUCCUUUUAAACUGGAACCUGCUCAGGGUCAUCGGACUAGUGAGAAUUUAGCACUUAUGGGAGUUGAUCAUUCUUUGCAACAGGAUGGUUCGAAUACAUUUAUUUCCCAGAAGCAGAAUAGUAAGAGUGUGCCAUCAGCUAAAGUGUCACUGAAGGAAUACCGUGCAAAACAUGCAGAAGAGUUGGCUGCCCAGAAGAGGCAGUUGGAGAACAUGGAGGCCAAUGUGAAGUCACAGUAUGCAUAUGCUGCCCAGAAUCUCCUGUCACACCAUGAUAGCCAUUCUUCGGUCAUUCUAAAAAUGCCCAUAGAGGGCUCGGAAAACCCUGAGCGGCCUUUUCUGGAAAAGGCUGACAAAGCAGCUCUCAAAAUGAGAAUCCCAGUGGCAAGUGGAGAUAAAGCUGCCUCUUCAAAACCAGAGGAGAUAAAAAUGCGCAUUAAAGUCCAUUCUGCAGCUGACAAGCACAAUUCUGUAGAGGACAGUGUCACAAAGAGCCGAGAGCACAAAGAAAAGCACAAGACUCACCCAUCUAAUCAUCAUCAUCAUCAUAAUCACCACUCACACAAGCACUCUCACUCACAGCUUCCAGCUGGUACUGGGAACAAACGUCCAGGUGAUCCAAAACAUAGUAGCCAGACAAGCACCUUAGCACACAAAACCUAUAGCUUGUCUAGUUCUUUCUCCUCUUCCAGUUCUACUCGCAAAAGGGGCCCCCCUGAAGAGACUGGAGGGGUAGUGUUUGAUCAUCCAACCAAGAUUGCCAAGAGUACUAAAUCCUCUUCCAUAAAUUUCUCCUUCCCUCCUCUUCCUACAAUGGCCCAGUUGCCUGGGCAUAGCUCAGACACAAGUGGCCUUCCCUUUUCACAGCCCAGCUGUAAAACUCGAGUUCCUCAUAUGAAACUGGAUAAAGGGCCCACUGGGGCCAAUGGUCACAAUGCAACCCAAACAAUAGACUAUCAAGAUACUGUGAAUAUGCUUCACUCUCUUCUCAGUGCCCAGGGUGUUCAGCCCACUCAGCCCCCUGCAUUUGAUUUUGUUCAUUCUUACGGUGAAUAUCUGAAUCCACGGGCUGGUGGAAUGUCCUCCAGAUCUGGCAAUACAGACAAACCCCGGCUACCACCUCUUCCAUCAGAGCCUCCUCCACCACUUCCUCCCCUUCCUAAGUAAAAAAGAAAAAGAAGAGGAGAAAAAAACUUCCUUAAAAACAACUUUUUUUUUUUUUUUAACUACUGAUUCUGGACUAAGGAAAUUACUUCCCUUAUGAAAUAUGUCACCCUUCUUGGACUAGGGAAUAAGUAAUAUUGACAUGCAGGUGGGAGGGAGGUAGAGGGGCUUGGUUAUAUCUACUGCCUCAGAAAUUGAACUAUUUUAUUAUAGUUUUUACUGGUAUUAUAGAGGUGAGAAUGUGUUGAAGCUGUGAAGGAUUAAGAAUACUUUCUCUGUUCUUGGCCUCUCCACCUCCUAAUUAGGUUGAUUAGAGUUGAUGUCUUCCCUCUUCUGGCCAGGACUGAAAUAUGGAGGGUUUGUUUUAUCAAACAGUUGUGGAUCCUUUUGGUGUUUAAUAUAUCAGAAGAGUGGAAGUAUUUAAACGUCAAAAUCUUUUAAGAGACUUUUAAAAAAUAAUUUAAAGAAAGUAAGUUAUCUGUUUAGUUUUUUUUAUAUCAUCCGGGGCAGGAGGGAAUAGGGAUUUUGCUGUGUGUAUAAGAUACAUAGCAAUGACUCUUGGGGGGUGGGAUUGGAGGGUGGGGGGGCUGUAUAGGGGGGAUGGGAGGGUAGGCUUUUGGCCUUGAGUUCUGUCUGAUAGGCUCCGGCCACUUGAAGUGUUGAGACCUUUAAGUGUGUAUGUAAGUGUGGGUAUGUGUGGUUUUAAGCGUGUGUGUUUAAAAAUCAUGUUUUAUCUUUCCAUCCCUGUCCCUCACCGUUUUCACUUCCCAACAGUCUACUAGAGAGAACACGGUGUGGCCUUUAGAGCAUAAAGGAAGGAAGAGGCAUGUGUUAGCAUGGUAUUUUCCCGUUUCUUUAUGUUGUAAUUGAGUGGUAACCUUCUAAAUUCUAGUUUGGGCAAGUGCAGCCAGUGGCCUGAUUCUGGACUCCAUUACAAAAACUUCCCUUUUACCCUCCUCCCUUUUUUUUUUGAUGAAGAAGGAUUGGAGAGCAAGGCUGGCGUCUGCCCUACAGAAUUGGGUGUGUCUUUUUUUCAAGUUGGGCUUUGGGAAAGUGUUCAAGUGAGAGCAGUCUCAGGGUCUCUGAAGGGAAGGGGGAUGUGCUCUAUAUUCUGCCUCUGAAAGCCCAGACCAUAGAUAAGAAUAGUUCUGGGAGAAGCCAUGGACCUAGGGGAUACUGAAAACAAUGAAAUUGUGAUUGGGUAUUUUUAGGAUAUUGUAUUUUAAAUUGCAUUAUGAAUGUAAGACUUGCUUUUUAUUUGUAUAUCUGAAGGGAAACAGCUGCAUCCUUAAUUUUUGCAACCUUAAUUUUGCAACCUGACUUCAGAGAUUGGAACUUGUGAAUUUAACAGUACUGGUGUCAUGAGGGUGAGCAAGCCUAGCCCACAGAUGCAGGUUGUCCAUCUUUGGUGGCUUUAGUUUCUAGGCAGGGGUUUUUCAGGAGAUUUCUAAGAGUCGUUAAAAAAAAAAAAAAAGAAUCAGGAGUCAUGGGUGCUUGAUUAUCCCAGAUUUCUGGAUAAUUGGUCUUCAGGAUGCCAACACUCAAAGCUCAACACUUGUUGAGGAAAGAAAUCUCAAGGGACUAGAAAGAAUUCUAAGCCAGGUUGUCUAACUGAAAAUGCCACUAAGCCACAGAUCAUUUGAUGUGGUGUUCUUUGGUCUUCACGGUAUUUUUUGCUAUGGAAAAGAUGAUGCAAUUUGAAUUUGUCUUGCUGUUUUUAGUGCAGCUUCCUUUACACCAAAUAUUCUGUAUAGAAAAAUGGAAUAUUUUUCAUUGGAAGUUAUAGGGAGAUAGGAGUUGUACAUGUGCUGCUGCUUGCCAGGAACAGGUUGGGGAGAAAACUGAGGCAGUUGGAGUUGUUGAUGCACUGGCCUAAUACAGGAAGGAAUUUGUACAGUAAAUCUUAAGGUGAAUUAAUGUCCUGCAUCUCUGCAUAUUGGUACUGAACUGUCUAGAGUGCCUGCCAUUGCUGUGUAAAAUGAGCUCUCUGCUGACCUAUAAACCAGUAAUACUUAGAAUGUUACUUCAUUUUCACUGAUGGCAUUUUCCUCUAUCUCCCUGGUAUUUUCUGUGUUGUGCUAGGUGGUUGGGAGAAGUGUGAUGUGUUUACUAAAUCUAGGCUUUCUAUUUGUUUAGAUUUUGUUUGGUGAAGUCUCCUUUCCUUCCUGACCUUCCCAAACGUUUAUUUAGUUUGGAUCUAUAUCUUUGUGGAAUUGAUCACUGAUUUGAUUAUGAAAAUGUCUUUUCCAGUGUUCAGGUUUUCUCAUCAAAUGUCAUGUAUAUUCUAUUCUAAUUGUGCGCACUCCUUCACCACAGAAGCAGACAUAUCCACUUGGCCUCAAAGCAGUUCUCCAUGGCAUCUGUGGUUAGUUCCUUAGACCUUUUGUCAGGAGUGAACUAGAAAAAGUGCUUACUAGAGCCAAGAGCUGCUUUAUGCUGUGCAGUCUGGCCUUUGCACUAGGAGUUCAUUGCUGAUGCAGGUCAAUUUAAAGACUUCUGUAUUAAUGCCUCCUGAUACUGUUUUAAGAUAUCUACAGUGUCUGCUUUUAGAUCUGUGUAUAUGUCCUGAAUGUCCUGUGUGCUCUGCAUGAAGUUGCUGCAUUUGGGUUAGCAGAUAUGGUUGUCAACUAGCAUGCAUAUUUUUCAAAUUACAUAAACUUAGGCUUCAAAGAGUUGUGUGGUUUCUAAACUUUGUUUUCUCUAUGCUCACACCUUUGAAGGGUGAGAAAUGGGAUUUAUACAUCCAAAGUUAGUCUAGUUAAACAUGGCUUUUUUUCUCCUUUUAACCUAGACUAUCAAGGAUAAAUGGUGGUAAGCAGGCCUGGAGCCUCAAGUUCUAUAAAUCUCAUUACUAAAACCUUGUCUGACUCUCAUGUUGUCAAAUACAAACACCUGUGGAAUGUCCUUAGGGCUUUUAAUCAGAUACCUGUGUUGCUGUUGGCUGAACUCUAGUGAAGCAUUAAUUUAAAGCUAAAUUGUUCUUCUGCAACAUCAGUUACGCUUUUUCGGUUUAGAAAAUACGUAGGAAUUAGUCUAAGCUGCUCACUCAUGAAUCAGUGUGUUUCCAUAUCUGAGACUCUCAGCUUUCUCUUUUUUUUUUUUUUUAAUGAUUCUGUGUUUUGAUUCAGUGUAUCAUUUUUCAUAGUUCUGUAUUAUUGGCUUCACCAGUGUUGAUAGAAAAAAAAUUUUAAUCUCCAGUUGGAAACAGCAAUGGAUUAGGAUAUAGAAAUAAAAUCAUGGUAACAUCA